AGUUUAGUACACUCUUUUCUAUUUAUCGAGAAAAAAUCAAAACAAAAUGGAUUUUAGAUUUUAUGAGAAAGUGACUGUUUGCUUGUGUGUAAUAUUACAACUAACUAUCGGUCAAGAAUGCAGUAACAUUACAUUUCCGGACAGCCUAUCAAUAUCGGAAGCGACCCCUGCAGAGACAGUGAUUCUGGAAAUCAAUAUAACGGACUCGGCAACGGAUAUAUGGAAAUUAUCCCCGCAUGAUCAUUUUAAGUUUCCAUACUCCUCCAGCAUUUAUAAAUUAUCUUUAGCAACCAAGAUUAUCGUGGGUUGUCAAAAGGAACAGAUCUUUAGAUUGGACUUUGUGUGUGGAACUCAAAAGCAGUCGAUGAACAUCUCUGUUCAAUAUUUGGACCAGUUCCAACCUCAAUGGAUAACAAGCACUGUACAAAACAAUCUGAAAGUGCUAGAGAGUGAUUUACCUGGGGCAGUGAUAUUAGAUCUAGAUGGAGCAGUCCAAGACGCGGAUUGCUACAAAGGCGGAAAUCAUAUAGAAGUGGUAUCUUAUGCUACUAUUCCACAGCUUGACGCUAGUGAAUACUUUGCGUACAAUGUUACCAGUAAAAAGGUAUAUUUGUCUCGUCCGUUUGAUUACGACAAGCGGUACUGUGAACCGGUGUUUAAAAGCCAACGUGGAACUAAUUACCUCCAAUUGAUAGUAUAUUCAGAAGAUAACCGCCAGAAUGAAUCACCAUUGACAAGAAAUGUGACGUUCGCUGACGUGGACGAUGAACCGCCGAUCUUUCUGAAGUUCAAAGAUUGUGAUCGAUGUAUUUCUCUCUGCAAAUCCACAUCACAAUCGCACACCAUUCAUCUUGAAAAUGACAUCCAGAAGAAUCUUACUUUCGAUGUGUUGGCGAAAGACUUUGAUACAGCAGAUGCAUAUUUGGAAUACAUAAUUGUAGGAGUAAAUCCUGAGUUCCUGUGGAGACAUAUCGACAUUGAUGCUGAUAAUGGCACAGUGUCUUUCCAGCUAUCAACAAAUAUCCUGAACAGCGGAAAUGACACCAAUACCGUAGACAGUAUAAACAUUUUCCUACAGGCAAAAGGUGUUUCGACCAAUCAAACGUCUGACAAUUUUACACUUGUUCUCGUUGUGGAAACUCCUAGUGCAACGGAUGCUAUUUCAUCUGAUGAUGGCGAUUUGCCUGUGGCUGUCCUUAUCGGUAUUUUCGUCGUUGUUGGAGUAGCUCUUAUGCUUUUUGCUAUCAUCACUAUCAUUCGCGUAAGACGUACACCCAACAAGACAGUAUACAAGGUGAAGGCAGCUAACUCAAACACCAAUACAAACAGAGAAGUCACUGAGUACGUAAAUAUGUAUGAUGUAAAUUUCAUUCUGAAAGAUGCUGGCACAGCAGACACUAGUGGCGAGGCUAACAAUGGUUUAGUUGAAGAUGAAAUCAGUGAAACAAAUGACUCGAAAGGAAACGAAGCUAACAUUGUGGAUGCUGAAUCAUAUGAAGAGCAUGUCACUGAACCGGAAGUAGUCGACCAGGAGGAAGUCGCUGGACCUGAUGAAUAUCACGGAUUUGAUAUUGAUGACGUCAUUGGUGAUGAUAACGAAAACAACGACGAAACACUCCAUGAGGUAGACUAA